AUGGGUAUACAAAGCACAACAUGGGUCUCCUUCUGCCUUUCAGUUUCAGCAGCAGCGUUUCGCUGCCCUUGCAGUAUCUCCCAAUCACUAUUGAUAAAGCACAACUCCAACCCACCUACUUGGGCCUUGAAUCGUUCACUGAGUCGACUCAACCCUAGCUCGAUGAGUCAACCUCUCUCGGCUUCGGCUUCGGCUUCGGACUCCACUCCCCUCGCUUCCCCAGAAGACGUCGAUAAAACCCAAAGCUUCGACGUACUGGUUCAGUAUGUGGUGCUCCGUCGAGAUCUGAUUGACACGUGGCCGCUCGGUAGCGUUGUGACACAAGGUUGCCAUGCCUCCGUAUCCGCCAUUUGGUCCAACAAAGAAGAUCCUCAUACACUUGAGUACUGUAACCCGGAUAACAUCGAUUCCAUGCAUAAGGUUACACUUGAGGUGAAGGGAGAAACCCAAAUUUUGAACUUGUCUGAAAAACUCACAGCUGGUGGUAUAGCACACAAGUUGUGGAUUGAACAACCUGAGAAUUUCCCAACCUGUCUUGCUACGAAACCAUAUCCCAAGUCCGUUGUAUCAUCAUAUUUUAAGAGGCUAAAACUUUGCAAGUGAUGUACUUUUUGUCUUGGUAUUAUUAUUGAAAUAAAUUUGUUUUUUUUCAUA